GAGCGAAAAAAAAUGAUGGCGGUUGUCCAAAUGGUUAAAGAGUCCAGCGUACGUUCGGAUGGAGGCUGAGUGUGAAAAGUGACAAGAACAGUUGAGAAGCGUUGCUUUAUUUCGGAGAGGACGCAGCGCUUCCUCGAAUUUCCACCCCUUUUACUAGGAAAAGCAACUGGAUAAUGUCCUGCUCUCGAAUUCUUGCAUUCUUGAAGCUCGCCGAGCUAGCAGCUAGCCAGCCGUAAGCCGUUCGGUCGGGGGUUUAGCUAACAGUGACGAGCCACGUAGCUUAUAUUUAGCCACACAGCUAACCUAGCUGGCUUGUUAGCUCGCUUUCUAGUUUUGUCAGCGCUGCCUGUCUGCCAGUCCUCGGACCAGGGGAACACAAGCAGUUUUAUGCUAUUGAUCCCGUUGAAUACGAAUAUCCAUCGCUGAAAAAGGCGGAACGAGGAACAUCUGCGUGUGAAUGAAGGAAUCAUGGCUGACCACACCCCUCCGCUGGAGUCUGGCCAGUUACUCAGCCCAGAUCUCUCACUCCUCACCUCCCCACCUCCACCACCCAGCAUGGUCAAUGGAGAUGGCGCCCAACAGGUGAUCUUGGUGCAGGUAAACCCAGGUGAGGCCUUCACGAUCCAGCGAGAGGAUGGUCAAUUUCAGUGUAUCACAGGUCCUGCUCAGGUUCCCAUGAUGUCCCCAAAUGGUUCAGUGCCUCCAAUCUAUGUGCCUCCUGGAUACGUUCAGCAAAUCAUUGAGGAGAAUGGAGUAAGGCGGGUUUUGGUCUUACCUCAGGCGGAGUUCCACCCGGGGGGCCACUCUCCGCUGCACCACCCGCCCCCUCCACCCCCCCAUGCCCACCUGCAGGCCUUCAUCCCCCAUCCUCAUCAUCCCAUUAUGCCUCCUCCUCACCUGUACUCGGGCAUGGCCGGCAGUACAGGAGACAUGAAUGCCCAGUACAUUUCACAGUACCACCCAGCCCACAUCUACUCAGAGCAGGUUUCCUCAGACACUCACCCACCACAUGGACGAACGCCGUUUGUUCACAGGGAUGAAAGGGCUAACAAAACCUAUGAGCGCCUGCAGAAGAAGUUGAAAGAGCGGCAGGGUGGGCAGGCAGGUGGAGGGGGUAGUCUGGUUCCUUCCAAAGACAGUCCUCCCCUUUCUCCUCAGAAGAGCCGUGGAACCCCACCAGCAGGAGGGGACCUCCAGAAUGGCCUCGGGUAUAAGGGGGUGGAGGAGCAGUGCCAGGCCAGUGCAACAGUCACUGGCCUGGGAACGGAAUGUCCAGGGAGAGAAAGAGAUGUGGAGCCUGGAGAACUGAAUGAGAAGACGCAGGCUCUUCAAGAAUGGUUAAACAAUAUGGGCAAGCCAGUGGUGAUGGACAUUCAGGCGAGAGGAGCGAGUCUGGGCUGGGUAGCACCAGUGAGAACAGUGGCAGACGAGGAGCAGAAGGAGGGAGAGGAAAAAUCUGAGGAUCCGAGCUUUAGCUAUGAAGUGUCUGUCUCCUACAGUGGCAAAGAUGGGAAAUACAACACUGCCUACAGUGGUAAGGAACUAAGCGCAACCAUAGAGGACCUAAGACCAGCAACAGACUACCAUGUCAGAGUGCAGGCCAUGUAUAACUGUUUACACGGAAACCCCUCUGAGCCUGUGAGUUUCACUACUCUGAGUUGUGAGCCUGAUACCCCCAGCCCACCUCGCAAAGCCAGUGGCACGAAAAGCAGCCUUGUCCUGCAGUGGAAGGCUCCAUGUGACAAUGGUUCCAAAAUACAAAACUACAUUUUACAGUGGGAUGAGGGUAAGGGCACAGGAGUGUUUGAGCAGUGCUAUUAUGGCCCCCAGAAGCAGUAUAGGGUGACCAAGCUGUCUCCUGCGACCAAAUACUCAUUCCGUCUGGCUGCAAAAAACGACAUGGGUGUCAGUGAGUUCAGUGAACCUGUAGACAUGAUGACAUCGUGCAGUGUCCCUGCACCCCCACUGAGGCCAGAGUUGAUCCAGGCUGGGGUCACCUGGCUCUGCCUGCAGUGGAACAGGCCAGUCGGAUCGCCUAAAGAAGACGAUAUUGGCUACGUGCUGGAAAUGGAGGAAGAGGGAUCGGGUUAUGGAUUCCAGCCCAGCUACGAUGGUGAUGAGGUGUCAUGCACAGUGAGGAAUCUUCACAGGAGCACCAAGUACAAAUUCAGGGUUGCUGCAUAUAAUGCAGAGGGGAAGAGUAACCCUAGUCCUAUGUCUGAGUUCACCACAGCCCCAGACAGACCGAGCUGCCCCUGCAAACCCUCCAUCAAGGGCAAACCACAUCCCACCAGCUUCCGCAUGACCUGGGAUCCUCCAAAAGAUAACGGUGGGUCAGAUGUGACUGAGUAUGUAGUGGAACUGUCGGAAGGUCUAAGUGGGUCAUCUUGGGAACAGGUGUACAGGGGCUCAGCAAUGGAGUGUGUGUGUGAUGGGCUGAAGCCAGGUUGGUCAUACCAAGCUAGGGUCUACUGCCUCAGCGAGGGAGGCCAGAGCCCGAUGUCUGAGACCCUACAGGUCCAAAUGCCAGCUGUUCCUCCUGGCCCAUGUCAACAGCCCAGAGUAGUUGGCAAGCCCAAAGCUAGAGAGAUUCAGCUUCGCUGGGCUCCUCCACAGGUGGAUGGUGGGAGUGUUGUGUGUAGUUACAGUGUGGAAGUGUUUGCCCCCCAGGCUGAGGAGGGCAAAGAGGUGUACCAGGGCCCUGAGCUCGACUGCACUGUGUGUGGUCUGCUGCCUGGCAGAACCUAUGGUUUCCGCUUGAGAGCAGCCAACAAAGCUGGGUAUGGACCAUCCUCAGAGCGCACUGAGGUGACUACAGGACCCGGAGCCCCUGAGGCUUGUCAGCCUCCUCAUAUUGUCUGCAAAUCUCCCUCAUGUGCUGUAGUCAGCUGGGAAGCUCCGCCCUGUAAUGGAGCAGCAGUGACUGAAUACCGGCUGGAGUGGGGGGCAGCGGAGGGCAGUAUGCAAGUGUGCUACACCGGAUCUGGGAUGAGCCAUGAGCUGAAGGGUUUGCUACCUGCCACCAACUAUUUCUGCAGAGUGCAAGCGGGGAACGUAGCUGGUGUGGGGCCCUUCAGUGAUGUAGUUCUGUGCCAGACACCAUGCUCUGUGCCUGCGGCCGUCAGCAGUGUUCACGCUCUCCGUGAAUCUGAGAUGCAGGUGGAGGACAGAAGCUCUGACAGAGAAGAGGAGGAGGAGGAGGGUGAGGAUGAGGGUGAUGGGCCCUCUCCACUGCUCUACUCCCCAUCCACCUGCCUGGGGCUGCGCUGGGAGGCGCCUUGUGAUCAUGGAGCAGAGAUUACAUCUUACCUGAUCGACAUUGGAGAGAGACAGCCAAUUCUCACUGGCCCUGUAACCAAAUACAUUAUACAGAACCUGCAGCCUGAUACCAGCUACAGGAUUAGGAUUCAGGCUCUGAACAGCCUGGGUGCUGGUCCCUUUAGCCACACCUUUAAACUGAAGACCAAGCCCCUGCCCCCUCUGCCUCCACGCCUGGAGUGCACUGCAUUCAGUCACCAGACCCUCAGGCUCAAGUGGGGUGAGGGUCCAGCCAAGAGCACCCCCACUGACUCCCUGCAGUACCAUCUCCAAAUGGAGGACAAGAAUGGCAGGUUUGUAUCCUUGUAUAAAGGACCUUGCCACACUCACAAAGUCCAGAGGCUAAAUGAGUCUACCUCGUACACGUUUCGCAUCCAGGCCUUUAAUGAGGCGGGCGAAGGGCCCUUCUCCUCUGUUUACACCUUCACUACCCCCCGUUCACCCCCAGCUCCACUCAAAGCACCUCGUGUGGAACGACUGGAUGAGUCCUGUGAGAUCAGUUGGGAAGCCCUGCCACCAAUGAAGGGAGAUCCAGUUAUUUACUGCCUGCAGUGCAUGCAGGGAAAUUCUGAGUUCAAACAGAUCUACAAGGGCUCAGCCACUGUAUUCCAGCUGGCCAACCUGAGCUCAUCUGCCGAGUACCGCUUCCGCGUCUGUGCCAUCCGCCAGUGCCAGGAUGCCCCAGAGAUCAUCGGGCCGUACAGCUCCACCAUCACUCUCCUGCCCCCUCGCAUCGAAACCCCGGCCUCCUCCAGCUCAAUGGGGCCCAAAACGGCUGAGGCCUUGCGGCCCAGACGCAGCCUGACGGACGAACAGUUCUCUUUUCUCAUUAUUGCCCUUCUGGCCGUCACGUCUAUCCUGAUCGCUGUCGCUAUCCAAUACUUUGUCAUCGAGUGAGCCUGCAAAGGCGGGUAUCCUGUUGUUUUCAGUUAGAUUUUUCUGUUUGUUUCAGUUUCCGUUAUAUUUCUUUUUUGGCACCAGCGUGGGUUGAGGGAGCCGUGUCGAAGGGAAAGGAUGAGAAAAGGAAGCCGAGGCUAUAGGUUUAACUUUGCCGACUCAUCUUUCUGACUCUCUUCUCUUUUUCUCAGCUGUCGAUCCCUUCUUUGUCUCUGCAGUGCUGUCAGAAAGAACAGUAAUUCCUCAUGUUAGCUAUGAGGUGAUCAUUGAAGGAUUAAGAAUAAAGCUUACUGCCUGUCACAUACUCCUUUUACCUUUCAUUUCUGUGUAGCUGGAGAUUUUAUUAUUUAUAUUUUCAGUUUUGAUUAUAAUUUGUCCAGUAUGUGACACACUAUCUGUGUUCCAAAGCUAGCUUCAUGGUGGCAGUGUUCACUGGUUUGCUGGUUUGGGCCUGGGACUCAGAGGGCCAGUGAAUACGGUUGGGGAGAGGCAUCAUCCCACGAGCACAUGGGAGGUGGCCGAAGGGCCACGAGAAGCCUUGAAGCCCCAAAGGGACCGAGCUUUCCCUGGGAGAUUUAUUCUUUGACAAAGAGGAGGUGGGACAUGAACACGCUUGUUCACAUUAUAGAACAUUCAUUUAGCACUUUCGUCAAACCUUUUUUGAUGUGCAGAAUGUGUAAGGAUGCAAAAAUGACUAGAGAAAUGGUAGUAUAUUUUUGUACAGUAUGAUGCAAGGACCUGUUCAUUUGAAGUAUGGAUUGGUACAGGGUUAGGACAUUGAUGACUGUUGGGGGUGGGGGGUGCAAAAAAAAAACAAAAAAAAACAGAAACCUAACACAAGUUUAAAGUUAUUUUUACUAUCAUGUAAGUAUACUGUAGCUUGAUUUUACAAUCAUACAGCUGCUUUGCUCCAAAAUAUUGUUCAGCACAAAAAAAUGUAUGCUUAUCGGAAUAUUUCCUUGAGUCGUUAUUUUUGCACCUUAGUCUGAAGAGGGGAAAAAAAGAAAACAAAUACCGAAUGCGUCUUGUGAUACGUUUUAUGGAACACAUUCUCUGAUUGUGCAAGCCCUUCUUGUGUUUUGGAUGUUAAAUUGUAGUACCACAAAAUUUGGUAUUGAAAGCGUUUUGUUUCAAGAUGAUUUCAGAUCGUGAUGCGAAUCAACCAUUUGUUCUGCCUAGUAUUUUCUUUUCUUUUUUUUUAGGUUUAGAAACACAAAUUAUAUUGUGUUUACCUUUAGCAAUAUUCAUUUUCGGUGUCUAGAAUAUUUGCAUAAUCUUGAAUACUGAAUAUAUAAUGAAAUAUUCAUUUUUGUUAUUUUGAAUUUUUGUUCAAAUCAUGUAUUUGAAGUUUAUUUUUUUAUUUAAGUAAAGCAUCAGAGUUAACCAUCUCCAGAGAAACUUAAGAAAAAAAAAUCAAACUAAAAGCAAAAAGCUGUAAUACAAUGUGUUGAUUCUACAUGUACUUCCUGUGAAAUCAAAUUUUUUUGCCUUUUUCUGUGUUAAGUUGUUGUGACUGAUUUGCCGACGCUGCGUGGAGGCAGUGUAACAAUCUGGCCGUGGGGUCUAAUGUUGUGUUGAAUAUGGCAACAGUGCUGUUGCAGCUGUCAAGAUCUACAGGUACCUUGCAAGACGUCUUGGAGGAAUUCUAUGAUUUGGUCUAUUAGUCUGCAGAUGUCUUCUGUUAGUCACUGAAGGGAAAAAAAAAAUCUAAAUUCCUAUUUUUGAUAGUGAUAAACUGUAAUUGCAAAGUGUGCCAUUUUAACAUCUCCCCCACCAUGGUAGGCUUCUACAUUUGGUCCAUGGGAGAAGAAAGAAAAACUAUAAAAAAAUAAAUAAAAUAUGCACAAAAACGAGACCAUGUAAUUUUAAUGUUUGCAGUUACCUCAUAAACCGUACAUUCCAAAAUGAAAAAUUUGUUAUACUAUACAUACAUAUCAUUUUAAAAUGUUCGUUAUGAGAUCAGAAAUGUAUAAUCAUAAAUAUGUAUCUAAAGUGUAUCUGUAAAGAUCAGAAAGAUCCAUGUACAAUAAAAAAAAUUUAUAAUUCUUAAA